AAACUUCAGCUUCAAGUGAAAAUGUAAGCGAAACACAGGAAACCAAGUAAAACAAAAAGAAAACAACAUAAUAAAGAAAAACAGAUUGGAAAAACACGCCAGGCAGUCAGGCAAUGGCAAAAUGAGCAAAUCACCCGCAAUGCCCGACAACAUGAUGACUCAAUACGGCGGCGACUUUGAUGCAGAGCGCGUGUGUCGCGUUUGCCUGCGAGAAGUGGGCGACUUCUACUUCAUCUACGAUGAGGCGCCCGUGGAGCAGGGCGCCAACAUUGCCCAGAUCCUCAACGAGUGCACGCGAUACACGUGCGAGCGUUACGACAAGUUGCCGCAUCACAUGUGUGACACCUGCAUCAAGGCGGCCUGUCAAGCGUAUCGCUUUAAGCGCGACGCCGAGAAAUCGUAUCGCUCCUUGGUCGCGAUGCUGGGCAGGACGCCAGCAUUGAAGCCGAACAGCAGCGAGGUUUGCACACAGACCGAACAGCUGGCCAUGCUGCAGUGCGGCAUGUGUAGCGAACAGUUCUUGAAUGCGCUCGAGUUGCGUUUGCAUCGCAAGCGACAGCAUAAACAACAGCAACUGGAGCAGCUGCAGUGUCAGGUGUGUGCGGCACAGUUCCAGCAGUUCCGCCAGCUGCGCACACAUCUCAUCGAGCAGCACAAUCAGCCGUCCACAUCGCCGCUGCUGCGACGGCGACCGCGUCUCGAGUGUGGCGACUGCAAGCGCGUCUUCAGUCGACGCGAUCAUCUGCAGCGCCACAUGCGCACAGUGCACAAGGAACGCGAUGGUGUCGACGAGAUGGAGGGGGAGCAGUCAAUGGACACUCCAUGGCCGGCCAUUGAUGAGGCCACCAUGCAGAGCGGCGAUGAGUUGGAAUCGGCCGCUGUGCUGCUCAACAACUGCGCCGCUGACGAUGAGGAGGAGCAGGGUCAGGAGCGGGAUCAACAGAGUGCGUAUCAGAGUCACACGAAUCCCAUAUCGAGCAACGAGGAGGCGGAUGACGACGACGAACUUGAGGCGGAGGCCAAGCAAACGCUGUGGCUGCAAAUCAAGCCAGAGCCGGAGCUGGAGCAACUGGAUGCGGAUGACAAGCGUCGCAAAAAGCCGCAUAGCAAGCAGCAGAAAGAGGAGGAGCUGGAGGAGGCGCAUGUGAAAGAGGAAGAGGAGCUGCUGCCAAUUAAGCAGGAGCGUCAGCGCAUGGAUAGCGUGCGACAGCUGGAGGAGGGGGAGGAGGAUGAGGAGAACGCGGAGCACUUCGAGGAAGCGCUGCACAGCUCCGAAGAGGAGGAGGAGGAGGCGGAUGACGAGGAAGAGGUAGAGGCAGAGGAGGAAGAGCAGGAAGAGGAAGAGGCCGAUGAAAGCGACUUGGAGGAGCUGGACGAUGAGGAGAAGCCACCUGCAAGCGCCGAGACAAAAGUGCAAAUUGUGCGCGAAUAUCUGCAGCAGGCAGGCACAGCAACUGGAACAGGAACCCAAUCGACAACUGGUGGAAAACAGCGACGUCGACGCCGCAACAAGCAAACAAUCGAUGCACAACCAAAUCCCGAGAAUCGCUGCGACAUCUGUCAGCGCACGUUCUCACGCCACUGCCAUCUGUUGCGCCACAAGCUGUCGCAUCUGGAGAAGAAGCCGCACAGCUGUCCCCACUGCCCAAAGGCCUUUGCACGCAGCGAUCAUCUGAAGGCGCAUGUCCAGAGUCUGCACGGCAGCAAGGAGCACAAGUGUGUGCUAUGCGAGGCGGCCUUCACACGCUCCGAUGCGCUCGAGCGGCACAAGCUGAGCAAGCACAAUGGCGAGGGACUCGAUGCGAGCAGCGAACUGAAGCUGCAGCUCAGCGAACACACCUGCGAAUACUGCGCGAAGCGUUUCUCGAGCAAAACCUAUUUGCGGAAGCACACGCUGCUCCACACCGAGUUCCUCUAUGCGUGCAAGAGCUGCGACGAGACGUUUAAGGAGCGGCAGCAGUUGCGGUGCCACGAGAAGACGCACACCGGCCAGCGGAACUUCCUCUGCUGCAUCUGCGGCGACAGCUUUGCGCGCAACGAUUAUCUGCGCGUCCACAUGCGACGCCACAACGGGGAGAAGCCCUACAAGUGUCGCUACUGCAUCAAGGCGUUUCCGCGUGCCACCGAUCUCAAGGUGCACGAACGCUACCACACUGGCACCAAACCCAAUCUGUGCAACACAUGCGGCAAGAGUUUCCAUCGCGCCUACAAUCUGACCAUACACAUGCGCACACACACCGGCGAACGUCCGUACAAGUGCGAUCAGUGCCCCAAGAGCUUCAGCCAGAGCAACGAUCUCAAGGCGCACAUCCGACGCCACACCGGCGAGCGGUAUAAGUGUCCGCAUUGCGAUGCCUACUUCCUGCAAUUGUAUCACAUGCGCAACCAUUGCCUCAGUGCCCACAACAAGCACAUCGAGACGAAGACGGGGCGCCUGCAACGCACCGGUCUGCUCGAUGAGCCAACGCACUCGCAUCUGACCACCGUUGUGAUGCCGCCAGCGGCGCCGACGACGACCACAACAACUGCGGCGGCGGUGGCGGCAACGACAACGAUGGCUGUGACAUUGCCUGCGGCGGCCACGCCCCUUGUGCACUCGCCUGUCGCCUACAAUACAUCGUCGCCGGUGGCAACAGUGCAGGAUGGAUUUGUGAGCACCGCCAGCAAUGCGGCAGCGACAGCAACGACGACGUCGACGACGACGCCGACACCUUUUGGCGCCUUCAACAUAACGCCAGUUGUGAUGGCGCAUCUCAUGUAUAACCAUGGCGGACAACACGACAGCCAGCAGAGCAAUGCCAGCGGCAGCGAACGUGCAACGGGCAAAUAGCCAACGAUGCCAUCGCAACGAUUAUCUAUUACUUAUUGUACAGUGGAAAUCGCCUGAGCGGCACAACCAACCAACAAUCUAUAUAUUCCCAGUCCGUCUGACGACUUCCUUGCUUAUAUUACAAUUGGGCUGAUCACAUUAAGUGUAUCUCUUUCAAAUGAAAACUCUCCUCUGCAAGGAUUUAUUGGAAUCUGCGGCAUGCCGCAGUUAGCUUUACCAGUGAAAGAAUUGCUCGAAUUAUUGUUAAUAUUAUGCAUUUUGUGGCAUAAGUAAUUAUAUGUACUAACUAGCCCCUAACAGUAUAUAUAAUCUAUAACGUUAAGAAUUGUUUAAUACUUUUGUAUUUCUGCAAAUUGAUUAUUAAUGAAAGCAACUGAUAUUUGUAAUUAAAACUACGACUACAAAAAUAUUUUGUAAAUACACAUGAAAAUACAUAUGAAAAUGGUG